AUGUCGGAACAGAUGACCCUUCGGGGCACCCUCAAGGGCCACAAUGGAUGGGUGACGCAGAUUGCCACUACCCCACAGUUCCCCGAUAUGAUCCUGAGCUCCAGCCGCGACAAGAGUGUCAUUAUGUGGAAGCUGACCCGGGAUGAAACUAACUACGGCAUCCCGCAGCGGGCCCUGCGGGGGCACUCGCACUUCGUGAGCGACGUGGUCAUUUCUUCAGAUGGACAGUUUGCUCUCUCCGGGUCCUGGGAUGGCACCCUGAGGCUGUGGGAUCUUACCACAGGCACCACCACCCGCCGCUUCGUGGGCCACAGUAAAGAUGUUUUGAGUGUUGCGUUCUCGGCUGAUAAUCGCCAGAUUGUGUCUGGCUCUCGCGAUAAAACUAUCAAGCUGUGGAACACACUAGGAGUCUGCAAGUACACAGUGCAGGAAGAGUCUCACUCAGAGUGGGUUGCCUGCGUCCGCUUCUCGCCGAACAGCAGUAACCCCAUCAUUGUAUCAUGUGGCUGGGACAAGAUGGUGAAGGUGUGGAACUUGGCCAACUGCAAACUGAAGACAAACCACAUUGGCCACACUGGCUUCUUGAACACGGUCACAGUAUCUCCUGAUGGCUCGCUCUGUGCUUCCGGUGGCAAGGACGGACAGGCUAUGCUGUGGGAUCUUAAUGAGGGUAAACACCUGUACACCCUGGACAGUGGGGACACCAUCAAUGCACUAUGCUUCAGCCCUAACCGCUACUGGUUGUGUGCGGCCACUGGCCCCAGCAUCAAGAUUUGGGAUUUAGAAGGCAAGAUUAUUGUUGAUGAGCUGAAGCAAGAAGUGAUCAGCAAUAGCAGCAAAGCUGAGCCUCCUCAGUGCACCUCGUUGGCCUGGUCUGCUGAUGGGCAGACUUUGUUUGCUGGAUAUACAGAUAACCUGAUCAGAGUGUGGCAAGUCACCAUCGGUACCAGAUAA